AUGUUACUUGGAUUAGGAAUUAUUAUUUGUGGAUUGGGAUGUCUGAUGAUAUUAGAACGUCUCUUUCCCGAUCAACCAUUAGCAUAUGUACCAGGCUGGUGGAAACGUGUUUUACUCAUUAAUUUGUAUCAAUUAAUCGUAGUUGUUGUUGGUACUUAUACGUGGGAAAGAUGGUUACCAGAUGCACAUUUAUUUCAUUUACGUGAUUUUGUCUCACCUUUAAUGGGUGGUAUUAUUGCUUAUCUUAUUCAUACAUGGGUUUUUUAUUGGUUUCAUCGUGCACGACAUAAUGUUUACUUUUUAUGGCUUUGGUUUCAUCAAUUCCAUCAUAGUGCACAAAGAAUAGAAGCAAUAACAUCAUUUUACAAAGCACCUCAAGAAAUUCUUGUUGAUUCAAUUAUUAUGACAAUAUUACUUUAUCCAGUACUUGGUCUUUCGAAAGAAUCAAGUGUUUGGUUAGCAGGUUUUGCUGCUUUUGGUGAAUAUGUUUAUCAUAUGAAUAUUAAAACACCUCAAUGGAUUGGCUAUUUUUUUCAACGUCCAGAAGCUCAUCGAAUUCAUCAUUUACGUAAUAAACGUGAUCAUAGUAAAAACUAUGGUGAUCUACCAAUAUGGGAUAUUCUAGGUGGUACAUUUGAGAAUCCAGAAAGAAUGGAUAGACCAACAGGUUUUCCAGUUGAAGCAGAAGCUAGAGUAGUAGAAAUGAUUUGUGGUCGUGAUGUUCUUUUAGCAGCUAAACAUAAAACAAGACAUGCUUAUAUAGAACGAUACAAACUUACUACUAUUGCUGCUAUUUUAUGGAUUAUUCUUGGUCUAGGUCAAUCAAUUGGUUAUGUCUUUAAUAUGCCACAAAUACGUGGUCUUAGUUUUGCUACUG